AUGAAAGGUUGUUCAGCGAUGUUUUUCGCUCAGUCUCUGCACCAAGUUCAAACCACGACAACACGAACUUUCACUCUAAAUCCGUUGAAAAGGUUGGUGGAAAAAAAUCGGGAAAAAAUCUCAUAACUGUCACCGGCUUCAUCCAAUCCAUAAAAGCUCCAACGAAGGCCCUUCGACUCGUUAUCGGAUCAGAACCCAAGGUUUUUGGAAAGGAAAUUCCGGAGGUGUUGCUCAACGAAGGCCAUCAACAACAAAAAAAAGAAAAUCUUAACAUGGCGAUCCUGCCAGCAGCACCGGUAACGACAUUUUCCAUCAGCAGCACGUUCCGGAUGCCUUCGCCCUUGCUAUUUCUAGCCAUCCUCCUCCUGGCGACGACCAUGGCAAAGGCAAAUGUGGCCAAUCUUGUCACCAACCCGGGCUGCCAUUACGGCGACCUGAGGGACCACUAUUUUGGCCGACCGCUGCAGUUUGCCGAUCCCGAACGUUUGCUGCUGCAGGAACGCGAUUUGCCGGCGCCCCUCGAUAGAUGUCGCAUGGCCAAAGAAAUGGAACAGGAGAUCCAUUAUCUACGCACCGUGCUGGACAAGUGCACCGGAUGUGAUUCAUCCGUGACCCAAAUCUCGCGUCGCCGUAGUGGGCGCACCCGACCGGAAGUGGGCCACAUUUCGGGACAUGACAGUGGUGAUGCCGGUAUGGCUAUGGCCAAGUGUCGGGAUCAUCCCUGUCGACAUGACGAAACCGGAUGCACAGAAACUGGUCGAGGCAUAUUUUGUGGUCCUUGCCCAGUAGGCUAUGAAGGAAAUGGUCUUGAUUGUGUGGCCAAACAAGCCUGCUAGGAUGGGUAUCGUCGUUUGAUGAAAACUUUGAUACUUUAGCACCGGACACCGAAACAAAUAGCCCUAUUCAUUCGAGUUGAUUUGUAAGGUAAAUCAGAAACUAACCGGAAAAGUAAGAAAAAACGCAAGUUCA